AUGCUCUAGCAAUAGUAACUUCAAAUAUAUCAAAACCAAAUCAAAAUUCUACUUUACCUAAUCUGCGUCAAGACUCUACCUUAUCUAAUUUGCAUCAAGACUCUAUCUCAUCUAAUCUGAAUCAAGACUCUAUCUUACCUACUUUAUGUCAAAGCUCUAUCUCAUCUAAUCCAAUAAUUGAAAUUCAUGAUGAUGAUGAUCAAGCACUGGUACAAACAGCAGGAAUUAAUAAGAAGCAAAAGACACUAGUACAGACAGCAAAAAAUAAUAAAGAGCAAAAGGCAUUAGAAGAAGUGACGAAUAAUAUUAUUAUUCAAAUUCCUGCUACUAAGAAGCCACUUGAUAUUAAAUUGAAUAUUUCUUUCAAUAAUUAA